AUGGCUUCUAGUAAAUCCGGAGCCGGAGCCGGCGAAGCCGCGGAGUUGAGGCGCGCCUGGGAGAGCCAAGGCCCGGCGGGCUAUGCAGGUGCAUGCCCCCCCCUCCGCCCGAGGAGCGGCGCUACCAGCGUUUUCCGGCUUUGUCCUUGGACCCUGGCACCGGCUCGCUCCAGCCGCGGGGAAAGGCGCUUCAUCGCCAAAGUGCGCUCCGGCGGCACCGGCCCGCUCCUUGGGCCGCCGCCGGAGGGGGUGCGGGGGCGCCCCGAAGCCGCCCAGGCCGCGCUCGCUCGGUACUGCGCUCCCUCUCCCGGCGUCGGCCGCUCCGGGCCGGCGGCAGCUGAUUGCGGUCGUGAGCUCGCGGGGCGGCGAGAGUUAGGUGGUGUUCGCGGCGCCUUCGCCCUCCCCAGACACACACCCCCUUUCUCCUCGCCUCUUCUCGGAGGGUGGAAGAGACGAAAACCGGGCUCAGUUGUCCAGUCCGCCGGCUGCAGGCGCACGGGGCGGCGAUCCGUCCGGCUCCCGAGGGCGAGCGGUGUGGCUACUGCGCCCGGACCCAGUCCGCCGGCCGGGGGAGCGCGCGGCGCCCGCGGUCGCGCCCGCACCGCAGGCCCCUUCAGGGAGUCCGGGGGCGGGCGCGGGUCCGGCGGCGGCGGCCGCAGCCCCUGGCGGCGCGCAACCGCCCGUCGCCGCCCGCCGCUGCCCGGCCCCCGGCGCGCCGCCGGCUCCGGCUUUGUGCAGAGGGAGCGAGUUCGCGGCUUCGGCUCCCGGCGCCCUCAGUGGCCGCGCCGCCCGCGGACUGCUGCAGCGGUGUGAGCAGCGGGGGUCUCAGCUGCGGAAAACGCUCCGGAGCCCGGGAACAUGGUCCCCGCUGGUUAGCGGCGGCGGCGGCGGCGGCAGCAGCGGGGCCCCUGCGCACGGCGCCCACCGUCUCCUCCUCGCGCCGGGCUCGCGGUGUUGCAGGCGGCAGCCACGCAGACUGCUCUCUCAUCCUUUUGUCCUUCAGUCAGAACGUGAAUGUACUGCUGACGCAUACUGUUCUGGGAGAAGAUUAGCGUGAUGCAGUGCUCUUAUGUAUUAGCGCCGCUCCCCCUCCGCCGCCUGCCUCGCGGGGUUAACGCCGGCGCCUUUCAGCGCCGCGCCGGCUGGCGCCGCGCAACCCCGCACCUCCGGCCGCCGGUCUUCCUCCUUCCUCUUCUCUUCCUCUCUCCCCCUCCCCCCACCCCCCUCCCCGGGUCGCUUCCUCCCCGCCCCCUCUAGACGAGCUGAGCGGGGCCGGGGCGAGUGAGCGGGCGAGCGAGCCGGAGUGAGCGUCAAGUGAGGGGCCGCGCGCAAGUCGCAGGCGUUCGCAGCUAUUUUGGGCCGGUCGGAGGGAGCCGCUGGGUGGCCGCUGAUAGGCUGGAGCGGCGCGGGGCUGCGGCGGGAGAGCCCGCGCAGGCCCCCGCCCUCCGGCCGGCACCCCGCGCCCCCUGGCUCUGGAGAGCCGGUCUCAGGGGCCCAACGGCCCGCGGCGGGGCUGCUGCAGUUGGCCGGCCUCCUGCCCGGCCGGCAUCAUCUUCACUCCCGCCGAAUGCUGACGGGGCUCCUUGCGGCGCCUUCCGGGCCGUGGACUCGCGCUCGGAGUUCGGAGCUGCGUGGUUGGGGACUCGGGAGAAGGUGGCAGGAGCCGCGUGGCGCCCAGGACGGAGAACCCGGGCUUCGCUGCUGCACUGCCGCCGGCCCCUCUCUCGCUCUGUCUCACCCCUUCUGGGCUCUCACUGGGGCUUUAAAUGAGUUUUCUUAAUGAGGGUUGCGGGGGCGGGAAACAGUGGCAGGAAUGACCAAGUGCGACGAGCUGGGGAAAGACAACCUGGAACAGCACAGAGGCCGGCAGGAAGGAUUGAGAGCUGCCUCCAGAUUCUUCAUCCCCCAUCACUUUCCCUGUGUGUUUUCUGGCGGGCUCGCUUGUUAAACCCUCAUCACCUGCACGUGGGCUGUUGCUUAAGUAGGAGGAGGUCCUGGAUUUCUCAGUUUCCUGGUUUCUACUACACCCAUUUCUCAAUAUUGUCUGUUGCCCAGUAACCUGAACCUCCUUAAAUAUGCCAUGGAAUUGUUGAAGUCCUGGAAACGGUUCCUAACAAGACCUUUUUAUUAUCAUUUGCUGUCACAUAACAACCUUGCUAGUUUCUGUUUCUUGAUCCCUUACUCUGUAUUUCACUCUUAAUAUUCUCAGCAACCCUGUUACUCAUUUUCUAUAGGUCAAACAUGUUGCCUAGGGUCACGAGUAAGUGAUGGUGGAUUUGAGCCAUAGCACGCUUCAGCUGUCAAGAAAUUUGGGUGUGGAAGUGAUUCCCCAAAGUAGUCUCCCGGCUGGAUGAGAACUCAGGUUCCAUUCAUCCACUUCAAUAGUCAUUUAGCAUAGUAGAUGCUUAUCUACUAUGUGCCAUCCACCUUACCAAGAACUUAGAUAUGUUCUUGUUUAAUCUUCAUUUACCCAAUGAAAGUAAUUGCCACGUUUGUCUCCAUUUCUCAAAUGAAGGCACUUAGCUCACACAGGCAAAUAACUUGCCCAAGGUCAUACACUAGAAAGUGACAGAGCCAGCCUUUCCAUCCAGCCCUCAAACCCAGAGUCUGUUGUUUUCAUAACAAAAAUGCCCUCUGUGUCUACUCUGCAUGGAGUAAAUGGUGGGGACAAGUGGAGAGGGGAGGAGAGCGAGACUAGGAAAGUUGAGUGAGAGAUGUGUCAGAGAAGUAAGAUGAAGGGUAGGGGACAGACACUGAGAAAAUGCACUCUCACUCAUCAAGAAAAAGAAUGAGGCAGACAUGGAGGUAAGUCAAACCCUGAUACUAGGGUUUAGUUCCAUCUCGGCUCCUUAGCAGCUCUUUUUAUGUUCUUCACUGAAGCCCCAUCUGCAUAUUCUUAGUCUUAAGCAGGACACUACCGUCUUGUAGACUCAAGUGUGAACCUAGCCUGACAGGACUGUGGAGGACACUCAGAUUUUCUGGCGAGAGGUUCUGUUCCUUUAUAGCUGGCACCGACCUACUCGAGUUGUCUGGUGCCUAAGGAGACCCCUGGCCAGGGUCUGAAUGGCAAUGAUUACGUAUGACUGUCCCUCCUCAGGCAACAGGAGCUCUGCCUGGGCUGGUCCCCUGCUAGUGUAGGCAAACUCACACCCUGUCUGUUCAGCUCCAGGCCCCACAAAUGAAAGCUGCUGCCUCGCACUGUAAAGGUGGAUGAAAGUGGGGGCUGGCUUGGGUCAGACCAGUGCUUAGUAAUGAGAUUGUCUCUCAGUAAAUAUUUGUGACUGCUGUCCAUGAAGGUGACUAUGCCCAAGUUCUGUAGAGCUCUACACUGGACUUCUUUGCCCUCUGUAGGCCAGCUGGGCCAGGAAAGCACCACUAAACCUACCAACUGGACUGCAGAGGAGGCUGUGGGGCCAUCGUAGCACACAGCCCUUCUCAGCUGAAAGUGGACUGCAGCCUCUCAUCUUGGUAACCUAUGUACCAUCUAGCCAUGGCUUCUUGCUCCUCACAGCCCCUGGUUCUGACUGCUUCCUUGAAAUGGUGCCACCAAGGAAUAAGAAGGGAAGAAGGCUACUUAAACCCUAAGAGGAAGAAACACUGGAUUCAGAUUGCAUUCACUUACAGUUUCACACAGGGAGACUCUGUGAUAAAGCCAGAGAGAGCUAAAAAAGCUAGUGGUGGUUGGGCAAGGCCUGUGCCAGCAGCCUGGUAUUGUAGAAUGAGCCCUGCACUAAGAUUGGGAUACCUGAGUUCUAGUCCCCUUUCUGCCACUAAUUAGACGUGACAAAUCUUAAAAUAGCUCUAAACCUUGUUUUUUCCAUUUAUAAACUCAAAGAAAUGGGUUAGAAAGUUUCUUGCAGCUCUCUCAGUCCAUGAUUUCUGCCCCAUCUCAGAUAUGUAGCUCUGUGAAGAAGGUUGAUCCUUCGGGAUUGUAGCCAAGUCUUGGAAAUGGGCCACAAAGUUAAGUGAGAAUGCUUCCUUCAUUUAAUCUAGAGAUCCACAGUGCCAGAGCAGUGCAGGUCGGACUGUGUUUUCCCAGCUGCUAAAAAGGCAUAGAUCACAGAAUGUUAAACUAAAAUGGACCUUGGAGAUUAUCUGGAUUUAACCUCACUUUACAGAUGUCACUCAUGAAGCUCAGAGAGGCACGGUGACUUACCUAAAGCUACAUGACUAAUUAGUAUCAGAGUCUGUUCUUUCUGACCUCAGUUCCUCAGUGAAAAUGGCAAUGUAUGGCUAAUUGGCAUUUAAACCUGGGCCUUGAAGAUACUUCCAAAUGUCUGUCUUCUGUGGUCUUGUAUGCCAGAGGUACUAUAUUUUGAUGGAUUGAGAUAAAGAUGAGUCUUCAAUAGCGCCAGUAUGUAAUUCCUAGUGACUUUGGGUCCCCAAUAGAAAAUGACAGAAACAGUCGUCUAGGAGACCGAACUAGGGGCCAUCUAGAGGACCCAGGACUUUCCCACCCAGUGAGGAUAAUUGGGUUCCUAGUAAAGCCAAGCCCAGGGCUAGACCCCUCCCCAACCUGAUAUGUAUCCCUGAGGCAUUAUCCUGAGCAGCCACUAGAUGUCCAUAAUGCCUCAUAGGGUGUUCCAGGAGUGAGCAAUCUUCAGCAGGGUAUCAUUUUGCCACCAAAUAACUUUUGGGCCCCUUUUAAGGGUCGGUCCGUCAGUGGCAGGAACAGAACAAGAGCAAAGACAAGAAAGGAAUUUGGGAUACUA